AUGUAUUUCUUCGUUUCUUCGCAAAAUCUACCGAUGGGGUAUGAGGCACCACCCUUCCCUUCGCUAUUUUGGCCCGCUGGUGCCUUUACAUCUCGGUUCCAAAGUGCAUAUCUCUACUACUCAAGUGACAUGUGGACUUUCACCGUUUGGUGGUCCAUGAUAUUCUUUGGAAGUGCGUAUUUCAUGGCUGGAGUAUGGUCUGGUCUCACGAUGUUUGUUCAAAGUUAUCGUCAGGUGCGUGUUGGUGCUCGGAAACGGACAUUAGGCUGGAGACCGUUUUUCAUUGUUCCGACCUACUUCGUGAUCGGAAGUAUACAGGGUCUCCUGAGUGGUGCGUUGGUCGGGUUAAUUCUAAUGCUCAUUUACAAGGCUGGUUCUCUUGCAAUGAGUACAUGGAUUCCUUUCUGUUGGGGGAUGGCCUCUAUUUUGUACCAUAUCUGUUCCAGCUACAGCACCAGUCUGUCGAUCAUGUAA